AUGCUGCUGAAGAAUCUGAGAUCCGUCGUUGCGCAGGUGAAUCACGGACGAAGAUCAAUCUCAACGAGGUCUCUCUCAAAUCCUCCUUCAUCGCUUUUUACACCUGAGUAUGAGAAGAGAAUUACAGUUUUCGUCACAUCGGUUUGCAAAGGAAUUUUCGGUUACUCUGUUUGGGAAACUAUCAAGUUAGUAGAAUACGGACGAACGAUGGAGAGAGCUCUGCACGAAAAUCGUCAUCACGACGAACUGGCAGCAAUUUGGAACGCGUUGAAGCAUGAUCUGCGUGAACUAUUUCACUUCAUCUUCAGUGUGAAUUAA